AUGGCAGAUCCCUUAGAACAUGCAACUGGAUUGGAGAAAAAAGAAUUGUUAGCAUUACAAUCUGGCAAUGAUGAUCCUUUCAAUAUGAAGGUAUUGAAGAAGGCUGCAGGAACCCGUGACAACCCCACACUUGUACCAUCAUGCUUUGAUGCUCGUAUUGUUGGAUGUAUAUGCGAAGAACACUCUACGAGUAUUAACUGGCUUUGGGUACACAAGGAACACCCUCGUCGCUGCGAGUGUGGACAUUGGUACAAAUUAAUUGAGAAGACACCAUUGUAA